AUAUAAGUUUCAUUGGGCACAUUAAUUUCAUCAACAACUGCAGAAUGGAGAAUUUAUUCAAGAGUUGGAUUUCUCGACAUCUGGGAAUGGAAGAAGAAGAAGAAGAAAAUGAUGAUACGAUCAUCAUGAACAACUACUCAUUGAAUGAAGAGCAAGAGUUCCUAAUGAAAAUCUUUAAUGGCCGACCAGAUUUCUCAUCACCAGAAAGUAGCGAACAUUAUUAUUAUUCUUCCCCCAAUAAUAAUAACAAUAAUAGUUAUAAUAAUAAUGAUCCUAAUAAUUGUGACACAAGCCCCAAUAACAAUAACAGUAGUGUAUCAUUUGAAGACACAAGAGUGCAAAAAAGUAAAAGCUCCAAUUCUAGUUCUUCUACCUAUCUAUUAUCAUUUGAGCCUAAUUCAUUUAAAGGAAGAAGUAGAGGUGAUGAUGGGUUUGAAUUAUUUGAAGCAAGUAUGAAUAAAAAUGAUGAAGGUGGAACAACAAAAAAGCGCAAAGGAAAGACAGUAGAUCACAUAAUAGCUGAGAGGAAAAGGAGGCAAGACCUAACAAGAAGCAUCAUCCAACUUUCAGCCACUAUACCUGGCUUGAAGAAGAUGGACAAGGCUCACGUAAUUCGUGAAUCUCUAAGUUACAUAAAAAUUCUUCAAGAUCGAGUGAAAGAGUUGGAGAACCAAAUCAAAGAUAGAAGAGUAGAUUCAGCAAUAUUCAUAGGAAGAUCACAAGACUCAUUAUCAACAGAUAAAAGCACAAUCAGCUGUGAAAUAACAUCAGAUAACAACAAUGGUGGUGGUGGUUUCAAUGAAUCAUCACUUGAGAUUGAAGCAAAAGUCAUGGAAAAAGAAGUUCUCAUUAGAAUCCAAUGUGAGAAGCAAAAAAACAACAUAAUAAUGCUCAAAAUACAUGCCUUUCUUGACAAGCUUCAUCUCUCUAUAGCAAGUAACAGUGUGAUACCAUUUGGGACUUCUACUCUCGUAAUAAUUACCAUUGUUGCUGAGAUGGAUAAUGGUGGCAAAUUCAGCAUGACAAUGGAUGAACUAGUGAAAAGCCUCAGAGAAGAUUUGAUGGAGACAAACAAUAAUGCAUGGUAGUGACCUGUGAUAGUGCAUUAAAUUAAAUAAAAAAUUCAGUGGUGUUGUUUGUCAUUAGAGAGAAAGAAUAAAAAUUCAGUCGUGUUGUUUUGUUUAUUUAAAUGUAAGCUUGUA